AUGCAUGUACCUUGGCCCCCAGUGGGUACCCCGUAUUUAUGUAUGUUCGUUUCGCUGGCUCUCCUCUGUGUCGCACAUUAAAUGGCCGUCGUGAAAUUCCUUUCGGUUUUCGUUGCGCAAACGCUCGGGCACAGGUUCCCAAUGGCCACCCCGAUCGGCAGCCUGCCGUGGUGAGCGCCGCGCAACCACCAGCACUACCUGCUUGACCACCGCGCGCGGUUUGGAACCGCACCGGAUACUGCCAAGCGACCGACCGACGACGCGUUUGUCUCAGGGACACGAGCCUCCCGAGCGAGCGCGCGAGCAAAAGUGACCAGAGAACACAGUCUAUCAUUAGAGUAGUAGUUUUUUGAAACAGCAUCGACACACCAUGGGCACCAUCGAAUGUCCCGUGUGCACCCUGUACCUCCGGGCCGACAUGAGCCUGGAGGACCACCUGGAGACGCACCCGAAGGAGAAGGUCAUCCAGGCGCUGGUGUCGAUGGCGAUGAAGCCGAAGGCGGCUGCGCCGCCGCAAGCUCCAGCGCCGCAACCCCAACAGCUUGAGGUGGUCCGAUCGCGGACACCGCCCAACGCACUCAUGUACCACCAGCAAACCGGCAGCAAUAGUAGCAGUGGGGGUUACGAGCAGUUUCAGCAACAGCAGCAGUCGCCGAUGAUGGCCGCCCCGGCGGCGAUCACCGUCGUCAAGGCGUCCGACAUGGGCGGCUACCCGAUCAACAACGUGAUGAUCGUCAAGAGCUGCAGCACCAAGUUCGUGCAGCAGAUUCCAAGCGGGAGUAACGCGGCGAAUGCCGCGUACGCGUCCGGCCCGAUCGAUGGCCGGAGCAUCUUCAUAGAACCUGAUCGCGGAGGAGGACCUCCGAGCGUGCGUCGCCAGUUGGCGCCGGGACCUUCGCUCUACCCGCCGCGUUACACCAACGAGCGCUACUCGGGCCCACCGCCGCCGUACAGUACGGCCAUUUCCUCCACGAUCUCCAGCGGUUCGCAGUCCUCGAUUAGCGGGUACCAGAAAGCGCCAGCGCCGCCGCCGCCGCAGGCGUUCUACCCGAACCCGCCACCUCCUAUAGUGCAAAGCACGCCCACGAUCGCGCAUUACUACGCGCCGCCCCCUCCGCCACCGCCACCACCGGCGAUGCCGUCGACUUCGCGGAGCAACCUGCAGGCGCAGUACACCGAAAAGGACGACGGCAACUUUGUGGUGACGGAGAACCCGAAGAAGGUGGUCGAGUACACCGAGAACGACGAGGGGGAUUUUAUGGUGAUCGAGAAGAUCAUCAAGUCGCCGCCGAGGAUCGUCCAGAUCGUGGACGAAGUUGAGAAGGAGAAGGACGACUGUGAGGUGGACGAGGAGGUGGAGGUUGAGCAGCGCGAAGACAGUGAGUACGAGAUGGAGAUCGAGGAGCAGUAUCAGGUUGAGGAGAUUCAGAAGGGUAAGGUUGAAGAGGUGGAGGGGGAGGAGGAAGAGGAGGUGGAGCAGCAGAUCGGUACGAUCCAGAUCGUGGAGAAUGAGGACGGGACGUUCGACGACAAUCAGCAGUACGGGUUGAAGGAGAUGCCGAAGCCGAUGUUGAUCGGAGGGAUUGGGGGAUCGCCGAAGAAGAGUCACAAGUUUAGCUUUAUUGUGGAACCGACGGCGUCGAGUUCGGGGGGAAGUUCUGCCGCGGGGAGCCCGUACACGCCGCGGAAGAAGCCGACCAGUGGGCUGAAGGUGCUGAGCAAUGUCAAGGUGACCACGGAUCUGUCCCAGGGCAUCAAGGACAUCAUACUGAACUUGAACUGCAAGAACAAGGGCGUGAACGUGGCGGGUGGUUCGAGCGGGACGUCCGAGACUGCGGGCACGUCCAGCGGUGUUGGGAGUUUGAAGACGUCGCUGAUCACGGGCGUCGUGAACAACAACUGUCAGAACGAGCUUAUUAUCAACAACAUGCCUCCAAUUGAUCUCAACGAUGUGAACGACAUUGAAAUUAUCAACGACGACGAGGAGGAGCUGCGGCCGGGCGAGGACGAAGAGUGCUACAUCGGUUCGAUGGAGGUCAAAGCUGCCGAAGUGGCCGCACCAACAACGCCGACUCCGUCGGUCAUCACCAGUGUAAUCCGGAUGACUCCGCACCCAUCGCCAGUUGUCGCACCGCCCUCUCCACCACCCCUACCCGCAAAGCUCGAAACGAUCGACCCCGAACCGGAAGAUCCGCCAAAACCAUCAACCAGCGAGGUGACGAUCACGAAGCCAACGCCACGCAAACCAACCCCACAACACCAAACCCCCUCAACCUCAACCGGUUCCCUGUUCCACAAACCACCGAAGAAGCUGACCGUCAAGCUCAAGACCCCGCUCCCGCCCGCCCCACCACCAACUCCUCCCCUCAUCCCCCAACUCAAGCAGGAAGAUCACCCGAUGGACCUCGAGCAACCAUCGACCUCCGAAGACUGCAAACCACCGCACGCGUACUUUGUCCCCGUUGAACCAACCCCGCCCGAGACCAAGUUCUGCCCGGUCGACGAUCGGAUCUCACCGCCACCGCCACCCCCCACCACUCUCACCCUGACCGAGUGCUCCUCCACGGAGACGAUCGCCGUCACCACGACCACCACCAAGAUCGAGGACGCGAUGCAUGCGAUCUCCAGCGAGACGAUCGUGUACACGCAGAGUUCGUCGCCGGAGGCGACCGCCGAGCAUCAUCAAGCCAGCAGUCCGGGACCUUCCGGGGUCGUCGAAACCACCACAACCUCGGUCGAGUACUACAACAUAACGAUCAUUGACGAUGAGGCCGCGGCCGCUCAGUCUUCUAAGCUGGAGCCGGAACUUCCCGAAGAGGGCGUUGUGAAACCGGAGGUCGAGCAGGAUCAAAAGUACGAGUACGAGCCCGAGCGGGAGCCGGACUCUCCCGGUUCGAGCGGGUCCGACGAGCAGCAGGAAACGAAGAGUUGCAUCAAGGUUGAGAAGAUGGAGGUGAUGGAGAGUUGCGCGAUCGCGAUCGCGCCUCCCGUUGACGAGAGUGAGAAGAAGAUUUUGGUGGCGAAGGUGGAGCCGGGAAGCGGGCCGGACGACCACAAGGACUUCCUCGAGGCUGGACCAUCGAGGACGGUGGCGACUACGGUGACGACCGAGGGUGAGGGUAGUAGUAGUAGCAGUAGCAGUGGGAGCAGCAGCAGCAGCAGUUCCGCUGUGGCUUCGUCGUCGCAGGCCGUCGUGGUGAGUUCGGCUGGGCCAACAUUCCUGGAGUAUAGUGCGGAGUACGAUGACUACGUGCCGGUCACCAGUUACGGGAUGCCGCAGGAGCAGAUUCCGCUGUCGUGGGUGCAGAAGUUUAGUCCGCAGUACACGCCCUUUGACGAUCAGAACUCGUACAUGGACCUCGAUCAGACGGACAGUAAAACAAACUCAAACAGCGUUGGAGGAAAUAGCAGCGCCACGAGUAGUGGUGGAAGUGGCAGCAGGAUUGAAACCAGCAUGGAUCGGGCUCCGUCGGCGGAAAGCUUGAAUAUCCGAACCGACGAGAAGAUGCCCGCCAAGGGGGAGAUCUCCGAGCAGGAGAGUAACGGGGAUAUGGAGUUGUCGUGGAAUCGGUUAUACCCCGUUCACGAAAACAUCCCAAUCUACCCGAGCUCGUACGACCUGUCGACGGCGCAAGAGUGCUGGAACUUGAGCAACCGUACCAGCACCGUAACCGGCCUGAACCAGGAUCACCACCACCAGGGACUAGGACAGCAUGGUCAGCAGAAUCACCACCUCCACCACCAUCACCACCAGUCGUCUUCGUCUUCGUCGUCGCACCACCACCGCCAGCAACAUCAGCAGCCGCAGCAGCAACACGGUCAUCAACACGGGAUCAGUUUUCAAUUUGCCUCCCACGAUCAACCCCGGCACGCCGACGAGGACGACGAUGACGGGCUGGUGGACGACAAGUCUAAGAUCCACCUGGAGUACGGCGGCGACGGCGCCGCAGGCGCCAGCGGCAGCGGAACCAACAACUACCUUGGCGCAUCCUCGUCCGCCACGGACCACAAGCUAGUGGCCAAGGUGCGCACGUACCGCUGCACCGAGUGUCCCAAGUCGUUUGCGCUGCUGAAGCAGCGCCGAGCGCACAUGCAGGCGGAACACCACGAGGUCGUGGUCGAUAGUAAGUUGAACGUGCUGGCGACGGCGGCGUCGGCGGUCGCUGCGUCUGCGACGGUCACUUCCGGGGCGUUCUUUUCGAACCCGGGCGAGGGGUCGAGUGGGACGGCGGCGGCGAGUGGGGCGACGGCGACGUUGUUGAGCAAGAAGAUCAAGAUUGAGCCGCAGCCGGUGCUGAUGAGCUACAGCUCGCUGAAGCAGGAGCUGGAGCAGAAGCAGGAAGGUGGAGGUGGGGGUUUGGAUGUGGCUGGACCGUCGACUUCCGGGCUGGGGUCAAGUGGUGGGUUGGGCGCGAGUGGUGGCGAGGUGAGGCGGAAACGAACGUACGUCUGUGGGACGUGCAAGACCGAGUUUGAUCGGUUUAAGCUGUUCAACGCGCACUUGAUGACACAUCCGGCGGAGUGUUACACGUGCGGGCGCAGCUUCAAGCACUGGCCAAACUUUGCGCUGCACAUUAAGCGUCACCUGGGGAUCAAGGACCACCAGUGUCGGUUGUGCGGGAAGAAGUUCGUCAUCAAGCAGAAGCUGAUCGAGCACAUGCGGGUGCACACGGGGAAGGCGCCGAUCAAGUGUCCCGACUGCGAUCAGCACUUCCGGCGGUUCUCGAACCUGGCCCAGCACCGCAACCGUCACCACCUGAACAAGGUCCCCUCGAAGAAGGACUUUGUGUGCCACUGCGGCGAAGUGUUCCAAUCCAAGGCCAAAAUGGAGUGGCACAAGGAGAUCCACGAGAACAAACCCAAGAGUUGUCCCUUCUGUCGGGAAAAGUUCAUCCACAAAAACAGCCUAACCCGGCACAUCCGGCUGUCCCACACGGAAAAGUACGUCAAGCUGGAAACCGCCACCGAGAUGUGCACGAUCUGCAACCAGCCCUACAUCAAAACCAGCAUGAAACGUCACAUGGAAACCCACACGGACGAACGCCUCGCCUACUCCUGCACCAUCUGCAACAAGCUGUUCAGCACCAACUGGAACCUGAAGCAGCACAAGUGGACCCACGCCAACCCCACCCUCAAACCGUUCCAGUGCAACCUCUGCUCGUCCGGUUUCGUCCGCGAAGCCGACUACAUCACCCACAUGAACGCCCACAAGUCGAUCCGCCCCUACACCUGUAACCACUGCGGCUGCCAGUUCAUCCGCAAGUACAACUGGAUCCGGCACACGCGCGAGCACGAAACGGAAAAGAACUACACGUGCGAGAUCUGCAACCGCAAGUUCCACCGGAAGUACUACCUGACGGAGCACAAGCGGAUACACACCGGCGAGCGGCCCUUCUCGUGCAACAUCUGCGGCAAGACGUCCUCCACCAAGACAAACCACAACAAGCACAUCAAGAUCCACCACGCGCGCGAUCCGCUGACGGCCGAGGGUUAAGGAAGGCGACGACGACGACGACGACGGUGUCAGUUCCUUGGAGAACCGCGUAGACGACGACUAUGUAGUGAAACAGCCGUACUAAGAAGAUUAUUAUUUUUUUCGUUUGCGUUUUGGAAUGGUGGGACUUCUUUUUUUGGGAAAAGGGGUAAAUUGUACCCUUUUGGGAAUUGUACAAUGACUAGAAUUUAUCAAUUUUGCUUAAUUUGGACAAACAACUCAACUGAAAUAAAAUUAUUUCAAACUUAUUUGAUGGCCUGAUCGUUGCACU